ACGCGAGGGUUCGGCGUACCUUCCAAGAUCAGUGGCUCCAGGGGUUUUUUUCUGCGAGAUUAGAUACCCAUCAUCUGCAGGUUAACCAGAGGUGAACGGCGUAAUUUCGGCUUCGACAAUUGCAGUAAAGAUUAGUGGAAGCUCAUAAAAGAUAAGGAAAAAUGCUUUCGUUCGGAUGUUGUGAAGAUAAUAAAGCAUAAUUAAGACAAGGAACUUACAGAAGUGGAAAUUGAUCAUAAGUACGCGCCGGUAGAAGUGGAACCGCGCAGCGCAGCAAAAGUGAAUGAGUUUGUUUUUCAUUGUUUUCAUUGCUAACAUUGCUGGUGCAGAGAGUGUGUGCGCAGAAAAAUAAGAAGUGGUUGCAUUAAGCUCUAUUGUGGCCCCCGAGUGGAGUCUGCCCCUAGUGCAACAUCUAAAACAGACCUAAGAAGUGAGAGCCUACGGUGGGCGCAUUCGAUCCCUCAGUCGGUCCCAAACCGUAGUCCCAACAACAGCCCAUCAGAUCCGAGAGUGAACGUGGUUGAAAGUGAGUUUGGAUUGCGCAGAAGCAAACGGAAAACUAAUCACGCGAAAAAAACGUACUCUGCUCUGGACAAGUGAUAGCGAUUACGGCGAACGGAUUCAGCGGCGGGUAAAGGAAAGCGAAACUGAGAAGAAAGUGGACUCUAUUUGCGGAAUCAGCGCAAAGUUGGAAGGAUUUGUUUCGGUGCUUUGAGCGCAGCAUCGGAUUUCAUUGUAGCGCAACGGAAUAGGAGAUAGCAACCGAUCAAGAUGAGACUCUCGCUCACGUUCGGGAUAUUGGUCCUGUGUAUCGUCUCGACGGUGCACAAAACUGAAUGCUCGGCCCAGCAGAUCAAAGCUCAACCCGCACAGUUCAGUAAUGCACACAGCUCGGAGGAGCAGGCCAAAGAUUCCUCUCCAGCAGCGGCAGGUAACGUAGCGUACCGAGCGCGUCCUUCCUACGCGCAACAGUAUAGUUCAGAAGAGGAAGACGACGAACCCCAGCCCACCUUCUCCAGACGGCAGCAUCCGUCACAGCAGCUACAGCAGCAGGAUAAGAAGAGCAAGAAACCCACCUAUUCGAGCGAAGAAUUAGAGGUCGAGGAGCCGGACCGACUGUCAAUGUUGCUGGAGAAAUCCGAUUUCCACUGCACGGGACGCACGACCGGCUAUUACGCCGACGAAAGUCUGGGCUGUGAAGUGUUCCAUUAUUGCCAGGAAAACCAGAAACACUCGUGGAUUUGUCCCGAGGGUUUCAGUUUCCACCAGGUACAUCUCAUCUGUAUGCCACCGUCCAAUGACAACAUCUGUGACCAGUCCUCGAAGUACCACUUCGUCAACGAUUACCUCUACAAGCCAAUCAACAUGGAGGAGCAUAUGUCGAAGCCGAAUGUCACUUUAAGAUAUUCGGAGCGCUACUACCCGGAGAACUUCUACGUCGACGAGCGUCAUUACGAUUAUGAGCGCCAGCAGCGUGGCCAGGAGGAACGUCGCCAACCGGUCCAACAGAAGCCACAAUCUUACCAGGCACCUCAGCAACAGAACAUCCGGAAACCAGCGUACAGCAAUGGUCCAACCACUCCAUCCUACCGAAUAGUGUCCUCGCCAAGCCCAACGCAUCAGGCUGCCUACCGCAACCCAGAAGAGAUCAACAUCUCCCUGCAGCAAAGAAGGCCGUCGUACACGCAAACCACCCAACGCUACGACGACGAGGAGGAGUACGGAAGCUACGAGCGGAAGUAGAGCGUUUAGCGAGUAGCACCAAUCGUUGCUGUGCCCUCCGAAGGACAGUCUUAGGUUUAAGGACGGUAGCCAUUAAGUGUAAAGAGCAAAUGAUUAAGUUCUCUAGCCAUUAAAAUAAUUCAUUUCUCUCCAGGACUGACUGUGCAUUGCGUUGCGGAUUCAGUCAAUUUUUGCGGGACUUUUUUUGUUCUUUACUUUCUCUGUUUACAUUAGAAGACAUUUUUUCAAUGUUCUUAUGU